AUGGCGUUUGCUGGGACAAAUAUCAGUUUGUCCCAGCCGGAUAUCACGCAGAAACUAACGGAGCGCAUAGACGACCUGAAGCAAAAGAUUGCUGCUUGGGGGAAGCGGAUUCGCCGAUUUACCGAGAGGUCAAGGCGGUUCAACCAGAAUCGUCUCUUCCAGAGUGAUCAGAAGAGGCUCUACAAAUCAUUGGAGCGACCAGAGGUAUGUGGAGCGGGCCCAGGACCGGAUCAGGCUAACACUGUCGCAUUUUGGCGUGGCCUGUGGUCAGAGCCCGUAAACCACAGCGAGGGCUCUUGGACGGAAGUUGUGGCGAGUCAGUGUGCGAGUAUUACGCCCAUGGACCCCGUCAUCAUAACGCCGGAUGACGUAGCUGAGGCGGUCCGUAGAGCCCCGAACUGGAAAAGUCCGGGACUCGACGGACUGCAUCACUACUGGCUGAAGGGGUUCAUGGUGUGUCACGCUGUGCUCGCCCGUCAGUUUCAAGAGGCUCUCAACCAGAAGUCGCUCCCUAGCCUCUUCACUACUGGGAUCACUCAUUUGGUUCCUAAAGACCAGCAAGCGGCACCCGCCGCUGGUGGAGCACGUCGCAUGCGUUGGUCACAAGAAAUGAAUGCAAACGCACUGCGGGCGUACUUUAGGGCAAAAGGGGCAGAAACUGGAUGUUUGGCGUAUCGGGCUAGGAUGCAUCGUCUUUUUGCUGAGCUGGAGCCAUCUUUAAUCGUCACAGAGCAAAACCUGGCAGACCGAGUUCGGUAUAUCUUGCGCUCAAAUAUAUUUGAUGUCGCCGAACUCGAACGGCUACGACGUGAGGCUGUUCCCUCGUCGGAUGAGAAUGCUACGGCUGAGGAUGCGGCGCCACAAAUGGUAGAGCAACCCGCAAACGUGGAUGCCGCCGUGAAUACCCCAGUUGUGGUUGAUUCAAACGAUGAUGGAACAGUCGCCCAGGAACUGGAAUUAGAGCAUAUGAGGAGUAUAUUGGAAGAGGCGAUUGUGGAAACGCGCAGUACGCCUCUCGAAAAUCGACCGCGACUUCCCCGCAUAGCCCUAAGCAAGCGGAAUCGGGCUGUCGUGAGGGCUCUGAACCCAAUGCUGGUUACCUAUUUGGAAGCCAGCCGGGACCUUUGCGAGACGGACUCAAUUCUUUUUGGCGCCGCGCUGGCAGUCUGCCGUAUCAUAGGCGCCAAGGUUUCCACGGCUGGACGCGCUACUGGCCAUAGUAGCGCUAUCCCAGCAUGGAGAAGAAGAAUUGAGGAACGUAUCGCAAAGGCUAGAGCUCUCAUCGGCAGACUGAUAUGCUUCAGAUCAGGCAACAACAGGCCAAGAAUUGUGCGCACCGUCAGGAUGGCGUUUGCUGGGACAAAUGUCAGUUUGUCCCAGCCGGAUAUAACGCAAAAACUGACGGAGCGCAUAGAUGAUCUGAAGCAGAGAAUCGCUGCUUGGGGAAAGCGGAUUCGGCGAUAUACCGAGAGGUCGACACGGUUCAACCAGAAUCGUCUCUUCCAGAGUGAUCAGAAGAGGCUCUAUGAAUCAUUGGAGCGACCAAUGGUAAGUGGAACGGGUCCAGCACCGAAUCAGGCCGACACUGUAGCAUUCUGGCGCGGCCUGUGGUCAGAGCCCGUAAACCACAGCGAGGGCCCUUGGACGGAAGUUGUGGCGAGUCAGUGUGCGGGUAUUACGCCCAUGGACCCCGUCAUCAUAACGCCGGAUGACGUAGCUGAGGCGGUCCGUAGGGCCCCGAACUGGAAAAGUCCGGGGCUUGACGGGCUGCAUCACUACUGGCUGAAGGGGUUCAUGGUGUGUCACUCUGUGCUCGCCCGACAGUUUCAAGAGGCUCUCAACCAGAAGUCGCUCCCAAGCCUCUUCACUACUGGGAUCACUCAUUUAGUUCCUAAAGACCAGGGCAGGAGAGAAUAG